UUAUUGUUAACUAGUGGUUAGUAAUCGUUGGCGAUUGUUAUGUAACUUCGAAUUAUCUAUAAUGCUAUGAUGUUUAAAAUCUCAAAUUAAUGAAACAGCUAUGGAAGAUUCUAAAAUCUCGAACCGAUCACCUUACCAUCUAAAUAGAUACGAAGAUUUACAGUUAAAUGUGAAAGAUGAUGAGGAAGAGAUUUCACGCUUAGAAGCUGAUGCCAAUGUCUCAAAGAGUUCAGAAAAAUGUGAAUCACAAAGCGACGACCGUAUUCCGAAAAUUACAUUUCAAUGUACUAUAUGCGAUAUGUUUGAAAUGGUGAACUAUUUUGGCAAAACUCCGCCCUUUGUAUAUGGACUUAAGCUUUUAGAAGAUUCUUUUAUACUACGUGAUCCUUUUCAACCACCUCCAAUUCGUUGGAAGCCCAAAGCAGAGUACUUUGUAAUAAUAGGUUCCAGGUGUACAGUAUGCGGAAACGUCGUUUGCAAAGGAGCGGAAUGUAGUUUUUACUAUACAUGUACAUAUUGUUUGGCUUGCGCAAAAAAACAUAUUAAUAAGUUUCCCAUAGAAUCACAAGCAAAAUUAAGAAAGCAAUUGGAAAUAAAAAUAAAAAAAUAGUAUUCAUAAA